GCGCCCCCCUCGUCUGCCCCUCCUUUCGACGCUUUCGUAUAUAAACUCCAGGUGGCCCACCUUUCGUCGUCGUCGUCCUACUCUAGAACAGCAGAUUUCUUGCCCACUCCCUCAUAACACAGACAGAAAUCCCAUCACCAUGCGUAUCGCAUUCGCUACCUCCCUCCUCGUCGUCGCGGCUUCGUCCGUCUUUGCUCAGGACCCAAGCAGCUCGGCUGCUGCUCCCGCCGCAACAAGCUCCGCUGCUGCUCCCGCCGCCUCCUCGGCUGCCCCGGCUGCCCCAGCUGCCCCAGCUGCCCCAAUCGUCGUACCCCACACCGUUAUCCCCCAUGUCGAGUGCGGUGCCGAUGUUCUCGUCGACGACUUCAAGAAGUCCAACUACACCACCCUUCCUGGAGAGACGGCCCCUCUCCGCUACUUGAACUUGUUGGGGGGCGACUACGGUCAAGGACCAGACCCGACCAAGUCCCUGAACUUCACCAUCGACACCGCUACCGGCAUCAACCACAUCACAUCGACGGAACUCAAGAACGCGAAGGGCGAGACCAACUUCUUCUUUGCCAAGUUCGACUGGGGAGCAUGCUUUGACCUGACCAACUUCUUCGCCGUCGCGUUCGACCUCAAGGGACCCCCUGGCGGAACCUUCACCCUCACCUUGACCCAGAAGAGCGCCGACUGUCAGACCCGAUUACCCGACGACUCCACCUACAUCCCCAUCACCGACUAUACCGUCGUCGACGGCACGACCCGUCCCGUCAUCAUUCCCUUCGUAGACUUUAAGACCAACGUCGUCGGCAAAGCCUUCGACUUUGUCCACUUGAAGGACUGGACUUUGAACGGCUUCUCACCCCAGGGCUCCGUCUGGGAAAUGACCAACCUGAGGUUAAUCCGCGCCUGCAAGGACAACGGUCCUUACGGCAAGAACGUCACCGUCGGCACCACCGGCCCCACCAAGAAGGCGACUGUCACCCCCGGCACCGGCACAACCGGAACAACCGGAGGUGUUGCUGCCCCUGGCGCAUCCGGCACAACCCCCGCCGACGCCAAGUCCUCCGCUGGCAAGGCCCUCUACGGCAUUGGCACCAUCAUCGCUGGAGCCCUCGCUGCGUUCAUCGGAGCUAUUUAAGCGAAACCCCCCCUCACUUCAAUUAGCGCCUUCACACACACACACACACGCACACACACAUUCGCCUGCGUAUUCACCACUCGCUUUAUUCCCCACCCUACGCAACCCACCACCCAUCACCAGCAUACAUCCAUCGCGCAUUUGGCUCGUUUUAGUAUUAGGGU